GUAAUGGAAUGAACUUUUCCCUGCGGAAAAACCUUUCCCAUAUUUAUCCACAACUCCGCAGAGAGAGAAUGAUCUUUUUACCAUUUAAAUUACAGUGAUACUCACUUUUUCUUAUUUCUCAUUUAUUCCUUCUUAAUUUUUUUCACUAGACUUUACUAUGAAUGAUAUCGAAUCUUUACCGCUGAUAAAACCAGACAUAAAGAGAAGACAGUAUAACCGAUGUAUCAGUGUGGCCAUAUUGUUCCUGUUGGGAUCCACAAUUACCAUUGCAUGUCUUUUAUAUAAAACCGAUCAGCCAUUAGAGAGCCCUGUUGUAUUCAAAGGGCGAGCUGCCAGAGGAGCCAAAGGCGCUGUGGCGGUUGAAGCGGAGGAAUGCUCAAAUGUUGGCGUGGACAUUCUGAAACAAGGAGGUAAUGCAGUAGACGCAGCUAUUGCUUCCACACUAUGCAUUGGUGUUAUUGACAGUUUUGCAACCGGCAUUGGGGGCGGUGGAUUUAUGUUGAUUCGAUCGCCGAAUGGAACUUUUGAAUUUAUUGAUUUCAGAGAAACAGCACCCGAUGCAUCGACAGAAGAUAUGUUUGUACGAGAUCCCGAGCUAGCCAAAAUAGGUGCGCUCUCUGUCGCCAUACCUGGUGAAUUAAGGGGAUUAGAGCUAGCCCAUAAAAGACAUGGGAAAUUAUCUUGGAACGAAUUGUUCGCACCCGCUAUACGUAUCGCUAGAAAUGGAUUUAAAGCAACACCAUUACUAGAAGUUCGUGUCAAGACGGAGGAAGUCUGGAUGCGUAAAUCGACAGAAUGGUCUGAUGUGUAUCUCCCAAACGGUGUUGCUGUAAAGCAAGGUGAUAUUGUUAAAAGGCCUACUUUGGCUGAUACGUUAGAAAUUAUAGCCACAAAAGGAGCAGAUGAAUUUUAUCAAGGCGAUAUUGCAAAGUCUUUGGUGGAAACCAUCCAAGCUGCUGGCGGCAUUGUUACAUUAGAAGACUUCCAAUCCUAUCAACCUGUCAUACGACGUACGCUAAGUACAUAUUACAAUGGCCGUAAAGUAACUACCUGCUCAGAACCUACAAGCGGGCCUGUUCUUCUUUCCGUGUUAAACUUGAUUGAAAGGUUUCAAUUCAAGGUGGAAGGCUUGAUCGGCUUAAAUUUGCAUCGUUUUGUCGAAGCAUUUAAAUUUGGAUAUGCCUUUAGGACUGAAAUGGGUGAUCCAGAUUUUGUACAUAACGAAGAAAGAGUGGAUGAGAUGACUACCAAAGACUAUGCUUCUAAAAUCCGUCAACGUAUCACUGAUGGCACCACACAUGAACCAUUAUAUUACAACCCCAAAUUUGAUCAUGUUGAAGCGCAUGGCACAAUGCAUCUCUCUGUAGUAGAUGAGAAUGACGGUGCAGUUUCACUUACAUCUACUGUUAAUCUGGUAUUUGGUUCACAUAUCAUGGAUGCCAAAACCGGUAUUGUUCUAAAUGAUCAAAUGGAUGAUUUCUCGAUACCAAACACCCCAAACCAGUUUGGGCUCUAUCCUAGCGAAUUCAAUUACGUAGGACCUGGUAAAAGACCACUUUCCUCAAUCACACCCACCAUUAUUGAAAAGGACAACAAACUUGAAAUUGUUAUCGGUGGUUCAGGUGGAUCUAUGAUUCCUACCGCCACAUUAAAUGGUAUCAUUAACUUGCUCGACUACAACAAAGAUAUUUAUAGCGCAGUAGCAGCGCCUCGUAUUCACCACCAACUUUUACCCAAUGUUGCUAUUACAGAGCAUGGAUUUGAUACAAGGCUGGAGAAAGAGCUUUUAUUGCGAAAUCAUACUGUAUUCCAACUUCCGGCACUAAUGUGUGUCUCUGCGGUUCAAGCAGUUAGGAGGUUACCAGACGGAUCUAUCGAAGCUGCAAGCGAUCCUCGAAAAAUGGGACUUGCUGCAGCCUAUUAGAUCAGCAAAAAGGUCAGUGAGUCGAUCUUUAACUUAGGUUGCACUCACGAUAUAAUGAAGAAAUUUUUUCUCCCAUUAGUCUAAAUAAAACAAUUUUUAUAUACCAAUAAAACCCAAAGCUUGCAAAAUCAC